GUGGUUUCCGAAGAUCCUCGUGCGUUGGUGUUGUGUUUACGUUUUGCGGCAGCAACGUGACUUCGUCGGGGCCGCUUUCGCCAGAGUCCGAAGGAGCUUCGUUUACAAUUGCGGAUAACCUUUUUCCUUUCGUCGUGUUCGGAGCAAGCUACGGUGUUCUUGUGUGCAGUGAUUCGAGGAGUGCGCGCUUGUUGCUAAGCGUGGUUGGUCGGCGCAUCGUCUGCUACGAGCUGUCAACUGCGGCGGUGUUUGUCGUCUGCUCGCGGAGCAUAGCCGCAGUAAAAGAGGUGCCUGUGUUUCCAUUGUCCAAAUGUGGAAGUGAGAAACGAGCCAGGGCUUCGUAAAAGACAAGAAUGCGCGGAAACUUCAGGGAAGUGUCAUCUUUCGCGAACCUUCGUGUUCGCCUGAGGAUUACAGUGUCGAAUCGGUGCCGAUUCCACGACAUCGAUUGAGGUUCGACCCAACUAAACGGUGCACCAAAGAGUCUGCCUGCUUUUUCGCAGCGGGGAUCACCACACGACCAGAACGUGACGGGCCGCAGCCGCUUGUGAUCCACCUGCGGCUGCCUGUUCGCGUUGUAUGGCUGUCGUUGUGUCCGCCUCAAAGGGAGAGACAAUUUUUCCUCCGGAGAGUUCUGGACACAGGUUUGGCCAGUCGAGAAGGUUUCCCGUGGCUGCCGCGAGAGGCCGCUGUCCUCGUCAACGACGUCGUGCAUGCGACGCCAACCCGACUGCGGCGCGGCAACGGCGGCGGCGCUUUCGGCGCCUGCGUCCCGCCGGACCGGCGGCCCUAACCUCGGGCCCGGGUCGAUGCUAGCGGCGCUGUCGUGUCGGGGGCCCGAGAGUAAGGCUCCCUCCUCGAGCCCCUUGGCCGCCGGAGCUGCCGGGCCGCCGAGCCUGGCCGGCGGGCUUACCCCCAUGGCGCACCAGCCGCCCGCCGAAGAGCGCCUGCUGCCCAACGGGAAUGUGUGCCACUUCGCCGGCUGCGGAUGCGCCGACGGCGUGUCGGGCGAGAUCCGCGCCGCGCUCAAGGAGUGCGUCUCCAACAUGCGCCAGCAACAGCAGCUACAGCAGCAGGAACAGCAGCUCAGGCAACACGGACACCAGCAGCAGCAGUCCGGUGGUCUGUGCGGCUGCCCCGUGCUCCUGCGCGGCGCCUGCGAGCACCAGGCACGUCCGGCGUCAGCGGCGAGCAACAACGCCGCGUCUUCGCAGUCGGCGGCGCCUCUCAAGUCGCUCCUCAAGCGCGCCUCGACCACGCGUCCUCGGCGAGGCUCGCGCGUCCGCUUCAGUGACACGCUCACCGUUUUCUCGGAGGACUACCCCGAGGCGCAGCUGUACGUGAUCCGGACGGCCGAGCUGACUUUCGCCGAGGUGUGUGCCAUGUACGAGCCGCCGCCCGAGUACAGAGACCUGCCGCCGUUCGACCCGCCCGACGGCUACCGGGACGACGCGUACCUGCUGCCGUUCCUCAAGGAGGCCCGCGCGGCAGCGGCCGCGGCUCGAGCGGCAGCCGCAGCAGCCGCGUCGCAGCAGGCAUCGCAGGCCGGCGGCAUCCCGGCAGCAUCGGCUCAGGUGGGUGCGCAACAGCAGCAACCGUCGCCGCAGCAGUCACAGCAGGGUAGUACCGUUCAGCACACUCCGCCCGCACCCACGACGACGCCUGUCCAGAUCAGAGUGGUCGAGCGACCACCGCCUCCGCCCCCGCCGCCGAGGACGACUCCCGUGGUUACUGGGCCGCCGGUGGUCGCCGCGGAGGACCGCGGGUGCAGCAAGCUCGAGGACGAGGCGCAGCUGCUUCCGCCACCGACAGCCGAAAUCCUCGAGGACCUGGCCAAGACGGCAGCUCUCGAAGAAGCUCAGAGGAAAGGAGAGAAAAACACUCAGAAACGUGACGAAGAGGCUAGGAUUGAUCAGGAACGACCGCUGGUGGUCGCCGACGUCAGGACUACGAAGGCUGUGGUGGUCGUGCCGCCGGGUGACAUCGAUGGCGGUAGGCCGUCGCCGUUACCCAGUGAGAACGACCUCAAGAAAGUAAAUGUCGUUGACCAGGAGGAGGACGAUGAAGACGUCAAGCAGCGAGACGAGUCAUCGCCCGUGUUGCCAGAGGAUGAGGACGACGCUAUCCUGUUAGAGCUGAAGAAACAGCUCGAGUGCAACUCGAGCGGCGACAUCGAGGCCGACUUGGCCGAGCUCCUGCCUCCGGGGCUCAUCGUAGAUGACGUCUCCAAGAAGGUGGUGAGCGACGUCGUCGACGACCUCAAGGUGGUUCGUCAUCGGCCGACGGUGGAAGUGCGACCGUUGAGUUUCAGGCAACCGGUGCCGAUGGCAACGACGCCGGUGUCGCCGGCUGCCACGACCCCGUCGACGGCGAGCUCGACGCCCGACGAUCGUCAGGAGGACAGCGAUUCGAGCGCCGACUCCCAGGAUACCAUCAUCCUCAUGACGAACGAGGAGGAGAAGAAGGGCAUUAUGCUAGACAGGCAGAAGAGGCGAACGAGCACCGUGGCAUCGGUGGGUUCCGGCACAAGCUGCCUCAUUAUCGGCGACAAGAGCCCUUCCGACACAAGCUCGGUGUCCAGCUCGGCGUCUCAGGACAGUGACGGCUCGAUGCGUUCUUCCGAGUCGACGACCAACAGCGAAGACAGGACCGAGUCACCCACAGGUUCCUCCGGUAGCAGCAGCGGCGGAGGAGGCUGCGGAGGCCGUGGUCACGUCGCCAUCGAAGACGACAUCUACAACGACGACCUCGACGCCCUGCUCGACUAUGGGCCGCACUCGAACCUGCAGGUACGGCGCACCAUCGAGCGGACCGCAAUGCGCCGCAGCCUGACGCGUGUCACGGACGUUCGCAAGCGGACGCCCACCAACCUGGCCAAGUCUCCCACGUCCAGCAACGACGUGUCUCUCGUCGAGAAGCUCCGGUGGCUCACGUCGCUCGACGACGAUGAGGACGACGGUUGCAGCGACGACUCCGAGGCAGCCGCAGACCACCACCACCAUCAUCAGGGCCCGCCCCCACCUCCACCCGUGGCACGGAGGCCACCUCCAGACCCGGGCUUCAUACAGGAUGCCGGCCGGACCCUGCCCUGGUUACCCCCGCGGGGGCCUCAACGGAACUUUCCAACCGCGACCGGCCUCCUUCUCGCAGCUGAGCGACGCCUGUCGAGGGUCCCUAACAAUGCUUCCGGUGGCAGCCCGGGACUACCGCAUGGUCCGGCGCGUACCAGGCGAAAACCAUCCGCAGCAGAACACUGGUGUCGCGAGCCAGCGUGCGCAACCGCCGCCUCCGCCCGUGCGGCGUCCCGCCCCUCAAGGGAGCGGCGGCGUCAGCGGCAACAACAUUGCCAAGGACGCGCCCCUGACGAGCUGGAACGCUUCGUCCAGCAGGACAUGGAGCGAACGGAACGCAUCCGCAAGCGGUACAGCCUCAGUGAAGAGGACGAAGACCCGUCGUUCGGGUUCGCCAGGAGACCGUCCGUGCGCGGCAUUCGGUCGCGGUUUGGCUCGAGCGCCGAGCUGAUGAAGGACGUGCAGCAGAUGAUGCACCACCCGGCCAUGAACAUGCCGGGAAGCCACCUGUCCUGGUCGCACCCUGUUGAGCUGCCGCCGCCCAACCACAAAACGCCGCAGCAGGUCAAGGUCAUGCUGCUGCCUCGUGUCGCCGAGGAGGACACCGGCCGCAACUACGGCUCGGCCGGGGACAUUGCGACGCUGACGCGGUCGCGACGAGCCUUUCAGCCGGCGCCAUCGCCCGUGCCUCCGUCGUCGUCAUCCCUGUCCGCGGCCAAGGACGAGCGGGGAGUGCCCGAAGGCGCCUGCUCGUCGCCCAAGGUGUCGUCCGAGCAGGGUUACCUGGGUCAGCCGCCACAACAGCCGAAAGAGCGGGCCCGUUUCCGCACCUUCGGCGACGCCUCCUUCGAUGGGACCGGCCGGUACGGAAGCGGCGCCACCGCCCCCACCUCAGGGUGUUGUGUACUACUCCCUCAACGUCUGACCCACCGCCAACACGCCAAGCGAGGUGCGCAGGACACACAACUGAAACUCGAAGUGCGAGAAGAAAUGAAGGAUCUUUCUUCUUCGCCAGUCGCCAUCUUUGCAUCCUCACGUGCGAACUCGCUGGUCGGAGUUCCACUGUCCUAUGUGCACGCCAUCGGCAUAAGUGUGUGCGAGGUAUUGACAGAAAGAAAACAAAGACGGACAACUAGCAAAACGGAGUUACAAAACAAAGAAACAGGGACCUGCGAUGGUGCGGUGCAAAAACAGAUUAUUUUUCUUUGGCGCUGUGCGCGUUCUAGUGUGCCUGGGUUUUUCUUUCUUUUCUUUUUUUUUUUGUGAGUGCGCGCGCGCGAGAUGGCGUGGUGUGUGUCUGUGCGUGAUGUGUCCGUAGCAUAAACUGCCGAAUCCGCUUCUUCCCCGAUGCUCUCGGCUUAGGAGGGGUCGAUCUGCAUCCUCUCGAGUCGCCCUUGAAAAAACGAAAGCCUUCCUUGAGUCAACGUGCGCCGUGCAAACCGUUGCCGGCGGCUACUUUUAUUCUUCCAAAGACAGACUCUUCCUCCGAGCCGGGAACUUCAGCGCAUUCUGACGCAAGGCUGUUGGGUCGGCCCGUGUGUCUCUUAUCUUGUUUUAUUAUUCCUGCUGGCAUGCAUUCUCCGUGCUCUGAGGAUUUAGCGAACAGGAGCUCCGGCCGACAUGGCUUAUAUUUUGCGCUUCAGCAAGAAACGUGAUGGUGGGCAGCAGCAGUGUGGUGUAACAUAGCAACAGUAAGCAGCGAUCCACAUUUUUGCAUGAUGCCAUGGAACAUGGGCCCUUCUACCCCUAGCGGGAAAUUUGGAACGCUCUUUUGUCUCCGACUCUGGUGACACCGUUUGUCCCGGCACGUACCAAAACUGCAGAGCCUAGCACAAGAAAAUGAAAAAA